AUGUGUAAUGAUUCGGAUCUGGUAGCUUUACAGGAGACCUGGCUUCUUCCCCAUGACAUACCUAUACUAGGGACUAUUUCCAAUAAUUUCGAUUAUACAGGUAAGUCUGCAGUGGAUACAUCUGCCGGCUUACUGACUGGGAGACCUUAUGGGGGAGUGGCAAUUCUCUGGAGAGUGGGUGUUUUUGGUACAGUUUCUGUUAUUGAUUGUAAUAGUCCUAGUGAGGCUCAUGGAACGAGACGAUGGUUGGACCACUGCGUUGUAUCCGUGUCGGCUUGGCAUACCGUUAUUAAUGUAGAAAUUAAAGAAGAUGUGUAUAUGUCUGAUCAUUUGCCUAUAUUCUUGGAAUGUGAUUUGGGGGUUGUCAGAUAUAAGAAUCUGAUCUCUGACCUGUCACGUAGUGCAGUUACCUGGGGUGAAAGAGAUAAUGCUCAAAUAAAUAGCUACCGUGAUCUUUGCAACAAUUAUUUAAAAGGAGUCGAUUUCCCUCAGGAGCUAGCCAGCUGCUGUCACAGAUCAUGUUCAUUGCCAGGGCACAAGCUUAUCACUACAUAG